AAUCUGUCAUAUCGGUGUAGAAAAAUAAAAUUAAAUUGAACAUUCAUAAUCGCUAAUAAAUAAGUAGGCGUUUUUAUUUAACAUUUAAUUUUUUAUACGUAUUAAAUUCUUUUUAUAUAAGUUUUAUUAAUAGAAUUCAACAAGAUGAUGAACCAAUAUAUAAAGGAAUUGGAACAAGAUCCAUUUAAUCCUGAUGAGUUCGUUGAGAGGAUGGUCCGACGCAGCAUGCAGGAAUCAAGGCUUCAAGAUGACGAAUUCGACCCGGAAAUGAUACAUGAUAUAUUUACUCAAGCUAUUCAAGAUCUCAAGGUAUUACAAGAAAGACAGGAAAGGAAAUGUGCCAGAUUAGAACAAGCAGUGCAAGAAGAAGAAAAAUUGUAUAACACCAAGCUUUCAGAAAUUAUGGAUCAACAUACACAUUGUGUAAAUGUAUUCAGCACACUGGACGAGAGGAUGUCUCGAUGUGGAGGAAGAGCCUUGGAUGUUGGAGAGAAACUUGGUGCUGCAAGAGCCCCGAGAGCUAGAGCAGCGGCUGCUAGAGAUCUCCUGUCCCACCUGGCACAUUUCUUGAGUCCUGGACCAGUACUUAUAGAUUUAUUCAAUGAUCCAAAUAAGCUAAAUGAAGCAGCAGAUGUUAUUCAAAAAUUACACACAAUUGCGCAAGAACUACCGCCGGACAAAUUUGAAGUAGCAAAAAAGAAGAUCGAAGCCAAGUAUGAUGAAAUAGAGAGGAACCUCAUAGAGGGUUUUGUGAAGGCACAGAACCAAAACAAUUUAAACAAAAUGAAAGAUAUAGCCAACAUUAUGACUAACUUUAAAGGAUAUUCACAAUGUGUUGAUGCAUUUAUUGAAACUAGUCAAAUGAAUAGUUUACUAGGAAAGGACAUAUUCUCUGCUGUAUUGCCACUAUGCCAAAAGAAUUAUACAAUUAUCAGCAAUGUAUUCCCUAAUCCGGAGCAAGUGCUGAGUAAAUUUGUGCUGAACAUCUUCCAUUUAAAACUACAGAAAUACAUACAAACCAAACUGGCUGAUAAAAAUGAUGUUGACAAGUACUUGAGGAAUUUAUACGACAUGUAUACCAGCACUCAACGUGUAUGCGACGAGCUAGUAGCCGCUGGUUUUAUAUCGGCAGAAGGUAAUGCCGCUAUCGGAGACCUCCGCCGUGAAGCCUUGGUGAAUGGGGCGAUGGCCGGCGCCAAUGAUGGUUACUCAGCUAUGGAGAAUCGACGAUUGAAGGCAGCAUUAUCUAAUGCACUCAAUGUAUAUUAUACAGAGAAGCAGCAUGUUAAGAAGCAAAUACAGGGAGGCGGAUUUCAAGAGCUCCGACGAGAUCUGCAGGCAGUGAUCGGUACCCGUGCUAAUAUAAAUAUCGCCCAAAUAGAGAAUUACGGCGGAGAGACAUUUCUCAGCGAGCAACUAGUGCAAAAGAUGCUCAGCGACGCUAAGACGUCCUUCUUGAGGUGUAAAACUCUGUGUACACCUAAUGAAUUACCGGGCACAACCACAUCACUAUUUGAGGUGUUGAUCCAACAUUUACUAAUAGAACAUGUUGAUUAUGCGCUUGAUCUUGGACUUCAAUCAAUACCGAUUGCAGAAAGCAAAUCUCCACCGCAGAUUUACUUUUUCGAUAUAGUGAAGCAAGCUAACACAAUUGUAAAGCUGUUUGGUGAACAUUUUCAAGAAUCUGUCUUACCUUGUUUGAGUUCAACAUCAAAACAAAACGAGUGCGUCCAACGAAAAACUGCCAUAAUGGAACAACUGGAAAACAAAUUGGACGCAGGAUUGGAGCGCGCCAUAUCCGCCAUAGUGAGCUGGGUGAAGUUGCAUCUACAGACAGAGCAGAAGAAAACCGAUUACAAACCAGAAGGCGAUAUCGAUACGCUCGCUUCACCGGCGUGUACAGCUGUAGUGUCAUACCUCAACUCUGUGAUGGAUAAGAUCCACAAAGGACUGGAGGGUGAAAAUCUGAACGCAGUCACUCUCGAGCUAGCGAUCCGGCUGCACCGCGUCAUAUAUGAACAUUUACAGAACUUCCAGUUUAAUUCCGCCGGUGCUAUGAUAGCGAUUUGCGACGUGAAGGAGUACCGAUCGGCGGUGUGCGGCCGCGGCCCACGUGCCGCCCCGCCGCCCGCGCAUGCGCUGUUCGAUGCGCUGCAUGCGCUAUGCAACCUAUUGCUGGUCAAGCCGGAGAACCUGCACCAGGUCUGCGAGGGGGAGACCUUGGCCGAGUUGGAUCGCUCCAUCCUACUCAACUUCAUACAACUACGCUCCGACUACAAGAGUCACAAGUUGUCCAGUUUUCUGAAAGGACUCUCGUAAUUAUGUACUUGAUGAAUUUAAAACUUUAUUUAUACACACAUAAUAUAUAUUUUGUUUUGUUAAGUAUUAAUGUUAUACGCCUUAUAUUAAGUAUUAAAGUAACUAUAACAUUUA